AUGGGUAAAACGCAAAGGGAAAAAGCGCAUUCCACCGCACUCCGGCACUCUGUACAAUGGUUCGGAGUGGGGAAAAGCACACCUAAUCCGUUGACGCUUAAACUGCUUGAUUCGUAUGAUCCUCAACAAAUAGUGGAACGUAUUAAAGAGACUGAGAAUGAGACGGAUAAAGACACGACUCGGGCUCCUCGUCCAAAACCGUUAUCGGCUAUGGCAUUAUCGAAAGUUUUAUUCUCAGAUGAAGACGUACGUUGGACACGAGGAACCGGCAUAUUUCAAGUACAACAUGAAAAUGCGCAACCUCAUGCUGCAACCUAUACAUUAGACAUGUUCGGAGAUAAUGAACGGUUAGUAGCAACACCUUCUUCUGCAAAAGUAAGUGUCUGUUGUUAUUAUCUAUCCUCCAUGGCUUUUUCUCUUUUCUAAGAGAACGGCACUUAUGGAUGCAACAAAUAUUCAGCAUACGAUGAACAUUCCCAUUGCUUCUUCGGCAUCAUCGGAUGUCUUCUCUUAUCAAUUUUUAUCGUCGUUUGGUGAUACUAUGUCUCAAAAAUGAUGUUGAUCAUUGUUUAUACAUGUAAAUAGUCAUCUAAGUUGAACAAGUAAUUUUUUCCAAUUUUCUGUGAUUAUUCUUGAGUAACCCAUUGCUGCAAUUUUUAAAGAAAUGUGCCAUUUGUCUUUAUUUAUUACUUUUUUUAAUGCAAAAAUCAACUUAAAUCGACUUUUUUGAAAAAAGCCUAUUUAGAUUCACUUUUUAAAAUUCUUUCAGAAACUCUGUUUAAAUUAUUUUUUAAAAAAUUCAUUUAAAUUCAUUCUGCAUAACUUUUCGUGCGAAAAAUCUAUUUCAAUUCCUUUCUUAAUGAAUGUGAUUUUAGUUUUUGCAAAAUCUAUUUAAAUGACUUUUCUUUUUAUUGAAGAGAAAAGAAAUGUAAAUUAACAUUUUACAAAAACUAAAAUCAGAUUCAUUGAAGAAGAAAGGAAUUCAAAUAGAUUUUUCGCACGAAAAGUUAUGCAGAAUGAAUUUAAAUGAAUUUUUUAAAAAAUAAUUUAAACAGAGUUUUCUAAAAGAAUUUUUGAAAAGUGAAUUUAAAUAGACUGCUUUUCAAAAAAGAUUGAUUUCAAGUGAUACUUACAAGUUACAUAAACAGAUUUCUUUUAAAAAUGAACUUAUAUCAGCUUUUAAAAAAAUUUCUGCAAGUGUCUUGUAUAUCCAAAAUA